AUUAAAAAGUGCGCGCUUUGUAAAUUAGUAUGGAAACUAAUUUAAAGCAGCGAAAGAAAAAGAAAUAUCCCAAGCCAAACCCUCUUUUUGAGAAAUGGUUGACAGAGUGGAAGGAUGAUGCUAAGGAAAAGGGUCUAAAAACGCAAUAUGUAUAUGCUAAGGCUCUUUCAUCUUUAAAAAAAUAUCCUCUACCUCUUUCAAGCGGUAAAGAAGCAAAGAUUUUAGAAUAUUUUGGUGAUAAGAUAUGUGCUAUGUUAGAUGCAAAACUACUUGAAUGGAAACAAGCCAAUAGUUCACCAAGUUGUUCUCAGUCAUCAUCAGAAGCAUCUUCAUCAUCAGAAAAACCUUUGUCCCAUCCAGUACGCAGUAAACCUAAAGAAGUAGUUUCUAGUGUAACAGAAAACCCCGAGAUUAAAACUAUACACAGAGGGAGAAUAGAAAAACUUCUACAAGAACCAACAGAAAUUGAUUUGUGUUAUAGUGAAAAUCCUUCAUUCAGCUUGUUUUAUCUUUACCCAGGCUCCUUCAGCAUAAUAUUGUGUGUUGAUAACUGUGAAACUUCUACUGGUCAAGGCAAAAAUAAGAAGUUAUUUGUGACUGAACUCCAAAAGCAUAGUGUAGAAUUUGAAAUACGAAAGCUCCAUGUUGGAGACUUUCUGUGGGUUGCUCGAGAAAACUGCAGUAAUCCUAGAGAGCUUGUUUUAGAUUUCAUCAUUGAAAGAAAACGAGUAGAUGACCUUGCUAAGAGUAUCAAAGAUGGACGUUUUAAGGAACAAAAAUUUCGAAUGAAAAACUGUGCUUUGAAGCAUCCCAUGUAUUUAGUGGAAAAUCAUUCUAGUGUUAAGCACUGUGGUUUACCAGAAUCAACAUUGGAGCAAGCUAUUGUUAAUACACAGAUAAUAGAUGGCUUUUUCGUGAAGAGAACACAGGGAAUACGAGAGUCUGUUGCAUAUCUUUCUGUAAUGACCAAGUUGAUUAAAAAUAAGUAUCAGAAUCAAACUUUAGUCUCAGCACCAAAAGAAGCUAUGCAAAAGAAAAAGUGCUCAUCUUAUUCAUUUAUGACAUUUAAGGAAUUUAAUUGCUCUUCAGUUAAAAAUAAGACUCUGACAGUCAAAGAAAUGUUUGCAAAACAGUUAUUACAAUUUUUUGGGCUAUCAGUUGAUCGAGCAGCUGCUAUUGUGUCACACUUUGAAACACCUACAAAAUUUCUUGAAGCAUAUGACAAAUGCAGAACAGAAGAAGAGAAAAUCCAGAUGGUCUCUUGUAUAAAAUUUGGAGCUUCUAAAAAGAAUAUUGGUCCAGCCCUGAGCAGAUCCUUGCACCAGUUCUAUUGUCAAAAUUAUCCUUUAUAGUAACAAGAUAUUUUGAAAAAAAUUUCACAAAGAUUGUCAUUCUUGUACAGAUAAUGUGAAAUGACUGAUUCUAGAGAUCAGGUGCCUGCUUAGAUCAACAUAUAACUGCUUAAAAUGGAUGACGUCAAAUGGAACAUCGGAGAUUGUCACAAACAUUAUGGUAGAUCAGAAUUACAAAUCCAAUCGUAAAACAGUUGCAUCUUGAAAGUGAGUGUUGUUAUCAAAAUAAUCGUGAUCGACAAUGAACAUUGCUAUUUGCACAAUGAGCGGGACUCUUAAACUGAAUAAGUAUAUGUGUGAAGAAGCUUCAGGAACACAAAAAACGUGUUUCCAUUGGUUUGUGGACAUAACCCCUUAGUGUAUUUGUAUCUGUGUAUAUGUUUACACAUGUAAAUAGACUGAGUUUAUAUAUAUAUAAAUGGAAUAAAAUAUGCCGUGUGAUUUUAUAAAAUUUGUCAAGAUAGAAUUAAAUCUAAAGAAUGUAUAUAAAUACUAUAUGUUGGAAUGAUUAAAAAUGAUUUAUAUAAUCUUAAAGUUGAACUUAUGUGUAAAUUAUUUUUGGAAGGUCUAUUGUAAUUAUAUUGAUACUUCCGUGGUAUCCACAUUGGCAGCAAAGUGUUUGAAUGCUAAUAGGAAAUUGGUUGGAGAAUAGCAGAAUAUUAUUUACGACAGCUGUUUGCUGUAUUUAUUACUGGUUUAAAGAAUAUACAUCUGGUAAGUUUCGUCAUUCUUACAGUUCUCAUUGUCUCGAUAUGUCUCCAUAUACAGAUACUGAUUGAUGCAGUUACCUGCGAAAAGUAUGCAUGUCUAAUACAGAAAAAGAAGAAUGUCAAAAAAUUUGGUUUUUCUGAAUAAAAGCAAUUCUCUGACUUUUUUUAAAGUUAAAAUAGAUCGAUAUAUACAUGGAGAGGAAUGCCAAUUUGCUCCUCAAUGUUCGAGGAGUCUGCAGUUUUCUGAUUUUUUUUUCCCCUAAAGAUAAAACAGGUGGCUGUGCAGAAGGAAGAAAAUAGAAAGUUAAAUGUUUUAUUAAGGAUGUUUAUUGCAUUUUUAAUUUAGUUAAUUUGUUAAUAUUUUAUGAAAUUUUGAUUGUUUCAUUAUGGUUGUUUGCUUUGCGUAAUUUUUAUUUCAUAGUGGAUGUUUCUUCCUUUUUUAAUUUAAAAAAAAAUUCUUUAUUGUUUUAUGUAAUUUUCAGCACGCCACCAUUUUUUGUAAAUGGGUACUGAUUUUCAUUUAUUAGAUUGGCGAGAAAGUAGUUGCUAAUGUCUGGCGACUUUGCGGGAACGCUAGGUGGAUAAUGCAAAUGUACCAUUAUAUUUACAAUAUUUCUUUAGGGACUGAGAUUUUAUAUAGGUUCCUACAUUCAAGAAAUAAUUACAUUUUAUAUAACAACACAUCCCUUGUAUGAGAACUUUUGGUUAUUUGUAAAAGCAGGAAUAAUAAAAAGAAUAGUCACAAAAA